AUGUACAGGGUUCAGCUAGGAAUUUCCAGUUGUCCAGAAAAAUGCCACAAGAGCUCUCCACGUGCUGGGAGGCAGCCCUUUUCUGGAAAGUCUUUCUACUUGGACCUACCUGCUGGCAAGACUCUUCAGUUCCUGACCGAGGCUAUCCAGCAGCUGGGUGGGGUAAUUGAGAGUUUUCUGAGCAAAGAAGUGAGCUACAUCGUGUCCAGCCGCAGAGAAGCGAAGGCAGAGAGCAGUGGGAGCAGCCUCAAAGUCUGCCUGAGCCCUGGAGAGGUUGGAGUGGAGAUACCACCCAGCGUCGAUGCACGGGGCAGCCACAGCCGGCCUGCACAGGUGCCCACGGACUCGGUGCCCAUGAGCCGAGGGAAGGAACUGCUGCAGAAGGCCAUCAGAAACCAGGGGAGCAGCAGCGGAGGCGGCAGUGGGAGCAGCAGCAGCCUCCUGAAUAACGCCCGUUUCUGGGGAGUGAGGGUCCUGCAUGUGGAUGACAUGAUGGUGCACGUGCAGCAGCUGUCUCUUGGGUCUUUGAGUGUGAAGAAGCAGGAACCCAGCAAGCCGGAGGGAACGCGUCCAGCAGCAGAGACAAGAACACGGAAAGUGGCCAGGCUGAAGGCACCGUUCCUCAAAAUCGAAGAUGUGAGCAGGAAGUUUCGUCCUUGCCACCACCAGUUUAAAUCCUUUCCUGAAAUUUCUUUUCUGGGACCCAAAGACGCAAGCCCUUUUGAGGCCCCAUGGACGCCUGGCAGCUUGCACCGACCCAGAGAACACCAGCCCAGAGACCCCAGUCUGCGGUCGGCAGCUCGCACCGUGCCCCGGAGGAAGAAGGGGUACUGUGAGUGCUGCCAGGAGGCCUUCCACGAGCUCCACGUGCACCUGCAGAGUGCCCAGCACCAGGGCUUUGCCCUGGAAGCUCGUCCCUAUGCAGAGGUGGACAAGCUCAUUGCCCAGCUCAGCCACAGCCUGGCAGAUGUCCCCUUGCAGGCUGGCCUGCCCAGCUGUAGCUGCACCAUGAUGCUGGGCUUGGACAGCCAGCAGAGGGUGGACACAGCCUCCUCUGUGAAAACCUCUGGUUACCACCACAGGGUCAGCCUCAGACCCAUGGCCUUGCCCUUCCACCUCCAGGACUGUGACCUUGGGCAGCUCUGCCAGGCCAAGCCUGAGGCUGUGGUGUUCCUUGGCCACUUCCCCACACUGUGUCCAGGCUGUGGUCCUCACGAGCCUGCUUUGGUCCUGGGUUAUAGCCCCUGA